GCCUGUGUUGUAUGCCUUAUCUCCAUGCAGUGUUCAUCCAUGUGGUUCGUAUUCUUUUGGUCAUGUUGAAGUCCGACAUCGGCCGCCGCAACAGCAAAUAGAGUAAAAGCACCUGUUCGGUUCCACUAGGCGAAUAAACCCGCAAACAUUCACUCUGCAUGAAUUCAUAACUCCAUCGGCAGAAUCACUGUGGUUCAGCACGUCUCACCAUAAGGCACCUAUCUACCUUGUUCCACGCUUCGACACGUAUUCAUCCCAUUCUCACCGAGUUUCACUGAGUCUCAACUACACUAUAUGAUCUGAGUGAUAAGGCCUUUUCCCUAUUUGUGUUGAUUCUGUCUGUUGACCAUACGAUAGUAACAUGCAAGAGAAGACGAGGACGCCAAUCAUCAUCGACACUGACCCUGGCGUGGAUGACAUUCUAGCUAUGUUCGUUUUCGAUUCCCUCCAUAACAUUGGUUCUAAAAGCAUCGACAGCCUGCUUGCCAUCACAUCCCCCGAACUCGAAAUCCUUGCGUACAUCAUUUCAUUCGGGAAUACCGAUGUUCACGCGGCUUACGACAACAUCUACAAGCUUUACCAGGCAAUAGGGCGUCACAUUGCGCUAUACCCUGAAGAUGCCACAAGGUUUCCGAAUUUUUCACCCACAGUCCCACCCCUCCUUGUAGUCGGACCAGAUGGACCCUUGGAAGGUGGACGGCACUUUGCUCAAUACUUCCACGGCCGUGAUGGUUUAUCGAAUAUAAGCGAACGCCACCCUGACUUGAAUGUCGACCUCGGAAGUUCCUCUUUUUGCCACAAUUUUCAACCGGUGAAAGAAUCAGGUGUCGAGGUGGCCUUGCGUUUACUGGAGUCACGUCCUGACAGAAGCAUCACAUAUGUAGUCCUGGGUCCGAUGACUAACCUGGCACAACUUGUGCACCAACACCGUCAAACAGUUGUGGAUAAAAUUGGUCGAGUCAUUGCCAUGGCGGGAGCCUUAGAUGUUCCCGGAAACACUACUUCGGUCGCGGAAUUUAAUGUUUUUGCUGAUCCUUACGCAGCAAAAGAACUUUUAGUGCCGACAGAUCUUACCAGUGGUCUCCCGCUCGACAGAGUGAUACUCACUCCCUUGGAUAUCACUACUAACCACGAACUCCCUUUGCCGCAUUAUAUACAAAUAGUAGACCCUGCGUUCAAGUCUACAGCCCAACCGUCGAAUGCAGAUGGUAAAUCACCCCUUGUUCACUUUACCAGCUCUGUUUUCGAACGCACGAGGGAAAUCAUGAUCGAGUCUGGAAAGGAUGCACUAGAGCUGCAUGAUAUUGUCGCCAUUUGGUGCGCAAUCGAGAAUCCACCUGAAAUUAUUCCAGCUGGCAGUCUUCCUGGAAUGUCGCCUGGAUGGGUUAUAGCCGAGCGAACAUUCGAUAUUGAACGGAGCGGAGAAAUUACUCGUGGCAUGUUCGUCACUGACCGAAGAGAGGAGAAUACUACAUAUGCACCUGGUACCAAUCGGGCAGAGGUCCAAGCUCUGCUUAACCUGCGACAGAUUGGACACGGGCUCCUCGAGUCCACCGCGCUGCCUGCGAGAGUAGAGGUCGAAGACCCAGCACCUGAGCAGAGACAAGGGAAAGGCGUAGCAUGCCUCGUGGAAACGCCGGGACCAAGCGUUCUUCUUCAACUGCUGACACGUAGGGUCUGGGGCAUCCAAUGA